CAUACACGUUCAAUUCAAACACAAAUACCUAUUUCCUUAACGCAUUACAACUCUUCUUCUCAAGUCGCGACUCAUUUCACAAGCGACUUCUGACCUGUUUAUAACUUUUAGAUUUAUAUUACCCUUUGUGCCAAAACAGAAUUUUAUUAAAUAAUAAAAAUAGCCAGGAAGAAAACAAAACUUAUUAUAAUCAUGGUCGCAAUUGCAACAGCGUUAUGCUUUUUUAUAAUUUUUACGACUGCCCGUUCAGAUGAAGCCCCCAAGGGACCUAAAGUUACUCAUAAGGUAAGCUUUGAUAUGUCUUUAGGAGAUGAACAAAUUGGCACCAUUGUGAUUGGUCUAUUUGGAAAAACAGUCCCCAAAACUGCAGAGAACUUCUUCCAAUUAGCACAGAAACCUGCAGGUGAAGGAUACAAGGGAAGCAAGUUCCACAGAGUCAUUGACAACUUUAUGAUCCAAGGUGGUGAUUUCACAAAGGGUGAUGGUACAGGAGGUCGCAGCAUUUAUGGUGAGCGUUUUGAAGAUGAGAACUUUAAACUUCGUCACUAUGGAGCUGGCUGGUUGUCUAUGGCCAAUGCUGGAAAGGACACCAAUGGUUCCCAGUUCUUUAUUACCACCACAAAAACACCCUGGUUGGAUGGCAGACAUGUUGUAUUUGGAAAGAUUUUAGAAGGCAUGGACGUUGUUCGCAAGAUUGAAAAGACUGUAACUGGAGCCAAUGACCGUCCAGUUAAGGAUGUGACGAUUACAGAUUCUCGUGCAGAAAUUGUUCCAGAACCUUUCAGUGUUACAAAAGAAAGUGCUCAAUAAUUAAAUAAGUUUAGAUAUUAUAUGCCUAGUAUGCAAAUCUCUCUACUAUUGCAUUUACAUUAAGUAUAUUAUUUUUCUGUCACUUUAUUUUUGAGAUAUAAUGUAUAAUACUGAUUUUAUAAUAGCAAUAGUUUUAUUUGAGAACUUCAUUUCCAAAUAAUAAAAUUGGUUUGUACAAAAUAAAACAACCAUUAAACUAUUAA